UCUGUCAUUUUAACAUCUGAUAUACCUGAAUAACAGAUAAUCUUCUCAGUGGAGCAAUCUUCAGUCCUCAUGAGUUCAUCAGACCUCCCAAAGGCAACUCAGGAAGGACAAGAAGGAACAGGCCUUUUAUUCAAGGGUGUGCCCAUGUGUCAGGUGUGACUGUGGAGGAGGAGGGAGCUAUGGAAAGGGUGUGUUUGGGCAAGAGGAGCCAACCAGCCCUAGAAGCACAGGGAGUGGCUUGGAGAGGGACUGUAUAACGGGCAGGCUGAGAUGGAUCAGUCUAUUUCUGGAGACACUGCUGCAAAGCUGAGGCCAGUCAAGCUGAGUGCACAGCUGCCAGCACGGAUGACUCCACGGACUGGCUCCACGGCCAAGGAGACAGGACCCGUUUCAGCUUUCCCACAGCUUCUCACCUGGGAAGAGAUCAGGCUCCACAAUGGCCGUGGCCAAGGGCAGCAGCAGUGGCUGGUGAUCGACAGGAAGGUUUAUGAUGUCAGCCAGUUCUCCAAAAGACACCCUGGAGGCAGCCGGGUUCUGAAACACUACGCGGGGCAAGAUGCUACGGAUGCCUUCAUUGCAUUUCACAGUGAUAAGUCUCUGGUGAAAAAAUACUUGAAGUCUCUGCUGAUUGGGGAGUUGGCACCAGAUCAGCCCAGCUUUGAGUCGAAUAAGGAAAAAUGCCUUUUGGAGGAUUUUCGGGAGCUGCGCUGCACUGUUGAGAAGAUGGGACUUCUCAGGCCAAAUUCCCUCUUUUUCUUCCUGAUUUUCCUUCACUUCCUGGUACUGGAUGCUGCAUCUUGGCUCGUGGUCUGGUACUUCGGGAUAUCCUUAGUGCCCUUCGUGGUUGGCAUGGUGUUGUUCACCACUGCUCAGAUCCAGAUGGGCUGGUUCCAGCACGAUCUGGGGCACUGCUCUGUCUUAAGGAAGACUAAAUGGAACCGAUUUAUGCAGAUUGUUGUGAUAAAUGUUCUGAAGGGGUUGCCAGCCAGCUGGUGGAACCACCUGCACAACCAGCACCAUGCCAAACCCAACUGCUUCCGCAAGGACCCCGACCUCAACAUGCACCCUUUCCUCUUCUGCCUGGGAAAGACCCUCUCCAAGGAGCUUGGAAGAAAGAAGAAAAAGUUCAUGCCUUACAAUUAUCAGCAUAAAUAUUUCAUCUUUUUGGCCCCACUUGCAAUUAUACCCUUCUUCCAGGUGACUAUAUUCUACUUUUCCAUCAAGAGGAAGAACUGGUUGGACCUCUUCUUGAUUGUGCUUUUCAACAUCCGAGUCUGUCUCAUGUAUGUUCCUCUGAUGGGAUUUAACAAUUUCAUGGUGUACUACUGGGUGUCCAGGUACCUAGAGAGUAACUGGUUUAUUUGGGUGACACAGAUGAAUCACAUUCCAAUGGACAUUGAUUAUGACCAGAACAAGGACUGGGUGUCAACUCAGCUCCACGCAACGUGCAACGUGGAACAGUCCCUGUUCAACGACUGGUUCACUGGGCACCUGAACUUCCAGAUUGAGCACCACCUUUUCCCCACGAUGCCCCGACACAACUACUGGAAAGCAGCUCCCCUGGUGAAAGCCCUCUGUGAGAAGCACGGCGUUGAGUAUAAAACCAAGCCUUUACUGACAGCCUUUCUAGAUAUUUUGCACUCACUGAAGGAUUCUGGGGAGCACUGGCUUGAAGCCUAUCUGCAUGGAUAGAGACUGACAGCUCUCAAAGGGAACCUCUUCACCAGACAACUGCUGCAAAAAGUCAGCACUGACCAUCAGUGUGUGUGUGUCUCCUGGCAUAGAAAUUCGGGAGGUGGGCAAAGCUAAUUUCAGUAAGAAUGGGUGGGGAAGUGGCUUAGAGGUAAUUUUUUUUCUCCUUCCCAACCACUAACCUCUAUUUUUCUUGCUCCAAAUCUCAGCCUUUAGAGCCAUGGUGAACUGGGCCUUUAAACUGGGGAGAAGUAGCUCUUGACUCAGCUUGACCAGUUUACUUCAUUGGAGGAAUCAGCUCGUUCCUCGUGGAGAAAGUUUGAAAGGGAAUUCUUCAUAGAGUGAUAGAAUCCUGCAAUGGUUUGGGUUGGAAGGGACCUUAAAGAUCAUACAGUUCCAAUCCUCACCAUGUGCAGGGACAUCUUUCACUAGACCAGGUUGCUCCAAGCCCCAUCCAACCUGCCCUUGAACACUUCCAGGGAUGGGGCAGCCCCAGCUUCCCUGGGCCACUUGUUCCAGUGUCUCACCAUCCUCAUAGUGAAGAAUUUCUUCCUAAUAUCUAACCUAAAUCUCUUUUCUUUCAGUUUAAAACCGUUGCCCCUUGUCCUAUCACUACAAGCCCUGGUAAGAAGUCUCCAUCUUCCUUACAAGCCCUCUGCCAGUCUUGAAAAGCCACAAUAAGGUCUCCUUAGUUGUUUUGGUUGUUUCUUUUUUUUGGCUCAGUGGAUCGAUGAGAAUGGGAUAGGCCAAAGCAAACUGCAGGAAGUCAGGACACCUUAGGACAAGGAAGAUCUUUAAGGAAUAUUCUAGAUUAGAUAAAAUAAGUAGGCACAGAACAAGAUGGCCUGGCACACGUGCCCAUGCUGCUGGUUGUUUGUACACUACACCCUCUGACCACGUAGGUGUUACCACUGAGUGUUGUUCAUGGAUUGCGUGGGGAGCAGGGAACUGGGUGCUAAGUUUUACACCUGUAAUUGCUGGUUUGAAGACAGUCCAAAGAGUCUGUAAAGCCUGUAAUAUUUAUAUGCCUAAAUACAUGGAUAUAUUUUAA